AUGCAGCUCCUAGUGCUCCUAUUCUUAACACUGUCGCUCCUAGGAGCAGAGGCGUACAACGCGCUCCCACCGGUACCGUGGCGAUACUCCACAGGGACCUUCAAAUUCUCCCUCCGUCGGCCACCAACCAUAUACCUGCAGGAAUCGGCCGCGGAGGCCCGUGACACGGACGGACUAACAUUGAUCCCCCCGUCGGUGCGGGAGUUUGCAGAAACCUUCGCGGGAGAUUUAAAGGAUAGGUUUCAUGUGGAUGUUAGGGUAGAGUGUGUUGCUUUUGAGCGUGGGAGGGCUGGUCCGGGGAUUUACUUGGGAAUUGAUGAGGGGCCGGGAAAGUAUACGUACGAGAGCGGAAUUGAGACCUCGGAGGGGUAUACAAUCAGUGUCGCGGAAGAUUCGGAAUUGAUGCUGGCGCGAGAGGUGGGGGGUGUUCAUCCAGGUGAUAGGAGGGACGAGGUUAUCGAGCUGAAGGCGGGACGGGCGGUGGAUUCGCCGGCGUACCCGACUAGAGGGUUCUUGCUGGACGCAGGGAGGAAAUGGUAUUCUGCCGAUUUCCUGAAAGAUCUCUGCACCUACGCUUCAUUCUUCAAAUUCUCCGAAUUUCAUUACCACGCCUCAGACAACUACCCGUUGAACCGCGGCCGCAACAGCACAUGGCAAAACAUCUAUUCCCAGUUCUCACUGAUCCCGGACAACGUCGCGCUCCACCCGCUGGUCGCCAGACACAACGAAUCCCACAGUAGGGCGGAAUUUGAAUCAAUACAAAGGCACUGCGCUUCCCGCGGAAUCACCAUAAUCCCAGAAAUAGAAGCACCCGGGCAUGCCUUGGCAAUAACGAAGUGGAAGCCGGAACUUGCAUUGACGAACAAGAAGGACUUGCUGAACUUGACGCACCCGGACACCAUCCCCACCGUGAAGGCUAUCUGGAGCGAGUUCCUGCCUUGGUUUCAAACGAAGGAAGUGCACAUCGGCGCAGACGAGUAUGAUUCCGACUUGGCGGAUGUUUACAUCCACUUUGUUAAUACCAUGUCUGAGUUCAUCUUUACCACCGCUGGGAAGAAAGUGCGUAUAUGGGGCACUCAUGAACCGAGUAACACCUCGGUGAUUUCUAGGGCGAUAACCACGCAGCACUGGCAGUACGGGCAAUCAGACCCCGUGCAGUUGGAGAGGGACGGUUACGAGAUCAUCAAUUCGGAGGAUUGGUGGGGGUAUACUGGGUUGAAGAACGACCACACGCCAAUCUUGCCAGCGCCAUAUCCGCAAUACUUUAACGAGGCGCGUGUGCUGAACUUUGGUGGUGUCAAUGGCUGGCAGUGGGAGCCCAGUCUGUAUAAUCCGUUUAACACGACGGCGGAGUGGCAGAUUCCGAUCGAGAGUAAGAGAAAUAAAGGUGCCAUAAUGGCCACGUGGAAUGACAACGGCCCAGACGCCACGACGCAAUUGGAGGCGUAUUAUUGUAUUCGGGAUGGAAUUCCUGUCGUCGGAGCAAGGAGCUGGAGCGGACAUCGCGGUCCUGAAAUUGACGUCGGAACACUGGAAAUUUCAAAGUCCAUCCUGACCAAUAACGCCCCAGGCCAGAACCUUGACAGGAGAUUAGGAGGGGGAUACAAUCUCGGGGACCUACUAUUCGAUUGGCCAACCGGAACCCUCGGUGUCCGUUUAGCGACCAAAUCCAAGGGGAUGAAUUACACCAUGCAAAUCACCUACACCUCCCCGUUCACCCUCUCCUCAGCCCACGAUGCCGUCUCGCUAACACUAACCCCCGAUUCCACCCUCAUUUUCACGGCCGACGGCUUCGAGUACCCCCUCCGCAGCGUUGCGGAAAGCGCUUUCGACCCCAGUCACCCGGGCCGUAUCUGGUCCAACGACACCGCAUCCACACACAUACCCGUGUCCCUCCCCCCGAUUGCCACGAUAACCAUACAGACGGACAGGAUCGGUGGGAGUAGGGUGUGGCAGAACGGCACGUUCCUGGGCCGUUUCGAGGUAUUCAUCUUUGGCGGUCGGAAUACGCUGUUCUCGUGGAGUCAGAUGGCCUUCGUUGCGCCGGUGGAGCAGGUUCGCGGCGGGGUACACCGGGUGAGAAUUUGGGAGGGGCUGGUUGGAUGAUCCCGAGCGGCAAGAGAUUUGCCUUUCGCUCCUUUGAGAAUGUGGUGUUGGCGGGGGUGAUAGAUGUCUUAUAUUUUCUCUCCUCGGCGCGUUGUAAACAUCGUGUAGUGUUUGGAUGUAUUAAACUCCGGGCGGUUCAAUAUCACCAGCGGAAAUUGCAAGUAUAUAAGGCGAAAGAUUACCCCUGACGGGUGAUACUUUUUGACCACUU